UCCAGGUUGGGCAGUGAAUGGGGGAAGUACGGUGCUGCAGAAUUUGUGGGCUGCCAAUCGGGAUUUUCAAGCACAUCCAAAAGGAUACUAGGGGCUCUAAGGGCCUUGUGCAAAUUCUUGGUGGCUGUGGGACAAUACUUGUGCUCACCACCGCACCAGCUUGUACUACACUUAUAGGACACGCUACAUCACCAAGUCAUACUGCAGUGCUGGUAUGUGAAAGACCAGGAUGAACUAGACCACUAGUGCUCGCCAGUUCACCAAAAGGUAGCGCGGAACUAGUACUGGCACUCUGCUGCAUAUGAGAGUUAUCA